AUGUACUACCUGAGCCUUUUUGCCUGCUUCUAUGCUCUGUUUGCUGCGGCAGCAGCGGUUCCAGCUUUCAGCGAAGAAUCUAUGGUGCUGCCACACCAAUCACGAGCCGCCUCGGAUGGUCCAGCAUUGCUCUCGAGCAGUGUCAAGGUGAUAUCGCCUCCAUUCAAUUCGACUUUCCGUUUUGCAGUCCAGGUUCAGAUCACCACUCUCGGAAUGGGUGAAGGAUAUAGAGCAACAGGAAUGCCCAAGACGUUUAACGGAUAUGCGCGAACCACAGAGGCUACGAUCGCCAACAUUCGUCCGAACGCAUUCCAACCCAAUUCCAGCCGUCUCGAAUUGGACGGCAAGCUCUUCAAUCGAUACGAAUACCAGUUGAUGGCGCCAAAGAUUCCAGAAUGGCAACGGGAUCUGCCAGGGUAUCUGGUUGUGAUUGAAUUCUACUCUACUCCGAGUCUACAGCCGAUUGACGAUUCGUUUUGUUUUUCAUUUUCUUACCAGGAUCAAGACUUGCUGUGGACCAACGUGCAGUAUUGGCCAUUGAAGCUCACAUCGUCUACUCCUAUUUGA